GCUUGAGCUGCUGUACCGCUUUUGUUUUCAGAAGCGACCUGCCCACAACACAAGCUGUCGCUUCCUCUGCAGUAUUUGUCUGAUGGAGCAAAGGCACUCGGCGCGGCUCGGUGCAAAAAGACAACAAUGUGACCGGCGUGCAUACAGCACGGAUCGUACUGGAAAUUUGACACGGCACCAGAGAACACACACGGGAGAGAAACCCUUCAAGUGCAGUGUGUGUGGGAAGGCGUUUGCACAUUCAUCUGCUCUUGUAACACACCAGAGAACACAUACGGGAAAGAAACCCUUCAAGUGCAGUGUGUGUCCGAAGGCGUUUGCACAGUCACCACAUCUUCAAGCACACCGGAGAACUCACACGGGAGAGAAACCCUUCAAGUGCAGUGUGUGUGGAAAGGCGUUUACAGAUUCAUCUGCUCUUGUAACACACCAGAGAACACACACGGGAGAGAAACCCUUCAAGUGCAGUGUGUGUGGGAAGGCGUUUUCACAGUCACCAAAUCUUGUAAAACACCAGAGAACACACACGGGAGAGAAGCCCUUCAAGUGCAGUGUGUGUGGGAAGGCGUUUUCACAGUCACCAAAUCUUGUAAAACACCAGAGAACACACACGGGAGAGAAGCCCUUCAAGUGCAGUGUGUGUGGGAAGGCGUUUGCACAUUCAUCUACUCUUAAAAAACACCAGAGAACACACACAGGAGAGAAACCCUUCAAGUGCAGUGUGUGUGGGACGGCGUUUACACUUUCAUCAAAUCUUCAUGUACACCAGAGAACACACAUGGGAGAGAAACCCUUCAAGUGCAGUGUGUGUGGGAAGGCCACGGAUCGUUCUGCACAUUUGACACAGCACCAGAGAACUCACACAGGAGAGAACCCCUUCAACUGCAGUGUGUGUGGGAUGGUGUUUAUACAUUCAUCUACUCUUGUAAUACACCAGAGAACACACACGGGAGAGAAACCCUUCAAAUGCAGUGUGUGUGGGAAGGGGUUUGCACAGUCACCACAUCUUCAAAGACACCAGAGAACACACACAGGAGAGAAACCCUUCAAGUGCAGUGUGUGUGGUAAGGCGUUUGCACUUUCAUUUACACUUGUAACACACCAGAGAACACACACAGGAGAGAAACCCUUCAAGUGCAGUGUGUGUGGGAAGGCGUUUGCACUUUCAUUUACACUUGUAACACACCAGAGAACACACACAGGAGAGAAACCCUUCAAGUGCAUUGUGUGUGGGAUGGCAUUUUCAGAUUCAUCUACUCUUAAAAAACACCAGAGAACACACACGGGAGAUAAACCCUUCAAGUGCAGUGUGUGUGGGAAGGCGUUUGCACUUUCAUCUACUCUUGUAAAACACCAGAGAACACACACGGGAGAGAAACCCUUCAAGUGCAGUGUGUGUGGGAAGGCGUGUGCACAGUCAUCUGCUCUUGUAACACACCAGAGAACUCACACAGGAGAGAAACCCUUCAAGUGCAGUGUGUGUGGGAAAGCCACGGAUCGUACUGAACAUUUGAACUUGCACCAGAGAACUCACACGGGAGAGAAACCCUUCAAGUGCAGUGUGUGUGGGAUGUCGUUUGCACAGUUCUCUACUCUUCAAAAACACCAGAGAACACACACGGGAGAGAAACCCUUCAAGUGCAGUGUGUGCGGGAAGGCAUUUUCACAGUCAUCUACUCUUGUAACACACCAGAGAACACACACGGGAGAGAAACCCUUCAAGUGCAGUGUGUGUGGGAAGGCGUUUGCACAGUCAUCAAAUUUGAACUUGCACCAGAGAACUCACACGGGAGAGAAACCCUUCAAGUGCAGUUUGUGUGGGAUGUCGUUUGCACAGUUCUCUACUCUUCAAAAACACCAGAGAACACACACGGGAGAGAAACCCUUCAAGUGCAGUGUGUGCGGGAAGGCAUUUUCACAGUCAUCUACUCUUGUAACACACCAGAGAACACACACGGGAGAGAAACCCUUCAAGUGCAGUGUGUGUGGGAAGGCGUUUGCACAGUCAUCAAAUCUUCAAAAACACCAGAGAACGCACAAAGGUGAGCUCCCGCGACAAUGCGACCGGUGUGCAUUCAGCACGGAUCGUCCUGACCGUUUGAGACGGCACCAGAGAACUCACACAGGAGAGAAACCCUUCAAGUGCAGUGUGUGUGAGAAGGCGUUUUCACAGUCACCAAAUCUUCAUGUACACCAGAGAACACACACGGGAUAUAAACCCUUCAAGUGCAGUGCGUGUGGGAAGACGUUUACACUUUCAGCAAAUCUUCAAAGACACCAGAGAACUCACACAGGAGAGAAACCCUUCAAGUGCAGUGUGUGUGGGAAGGCGUUUGCACAGUCAUCUGCUCUCGUAACACACCAGAGAUCACACACGGGAGAUAAACCCUUCAAGUGCAGUGUGUGUGGGAAGGCGUUUGCACGUUCAUCUGCUCUUGUAACACACCAGAGAACACAUACGGGAGAGAAACCCUUCAAGUGCAGUGUGUGUGGGAAGGCAUUUACACGUUCACAAAGUCUUCAUGUACACCAGAGAACACACACGGGAGAGAAACCCUUCAAGUGCAGUGUGUGUGGGAAGGCGUUUGCAUAUUCAUCUUCGAUUGUAAGACACCAGAGAACACACACGGUAGAGAAACCCUUCAGGUGCACUCCGUGCGGGAUAGUCACGGAUCGUACUGGAAAUUUGACACGGCACCAGAGAACACGCACAGGAGAGAAACCCUUCAAGUGCAGUGUGUGUGGGAAGGCAUUUGCACAUUCAUCUGCUCUUGUAACACACCAGAGAACACACACGGGAGAGAAACCCUUCAAGUGCAGUGUGUGUGGGAAGGCGUUUGCACAUUCAUCUGCUCUUGUAACACACCAGAGAACACAUACGGGAAAGAAACCCUUCAAGUGCAGUGUGUGUCCGAAGGCGUUUGCACAGUCACCACAUCUUCAAGCACACCGGAGAACUCACACGGGAGAGAAACCCUUCAAGUGCAGUGUGUGUGGGAAGGCGUUUACAGAUUCAUCUGCUCUUGUAACACACCAGAGAACACACACGGGAGAGAAACCCUUCAAGUGCAGUGUGUGUGGGAAGGCGUUUUCACAGUCACCAAAUCUUGUAAAACACCAGAGAACACACACGGGAGAGAAGCCCUUCAAGUGCAGUGUGUGUGGGAAGGCGUUUACAUGUUCAUCUGCUCUUGUAACACACCGGAGAACACACACGGGAGAGAAACCCUUCAAGUGCAGUGUGUGUGGGAAGGCGUUUGCACGUUCAUCUGUUCUUAUAACACACCAGAGUACACACACAGGAGAGAAACCCUUCAAGUGCAGUGUGUGUGGGAAGGCGUUUGCACGUUCAUCUGUUCUUAUAACACACCAAAGUACACACACAGGAGAGAAACCCUUCAAGUGCAGUGUGUGUGGGAAGGCAUUUGCACAUUCAUCUACUCUUAAAAAACACCAGAGUACACACACAGGAGAGAAACCCUUCAAGUGCAGUGUGUGUGGGAAGGCGUUUGCACAUUCAUCUACUCUUAAAAAACACCAGAGAACACACACAGGAGAGAAACCCUUCAAGUGCAGUGUGUGUGGGAUGGCGUUUACACUUUCAUCAAAUCUUCAUGUACACCAGAGAACACACAUGGGAGAGAAACCCUUCAAGUGCAGUGUGUGUGGGAAGGCGUUUGCACAAUGUGUAAGCUUGAGACGAUAUCGUCCUGACCAUUUGACACGGCACCAGAGAACUCACACAGGAGAGAAACCCUUCAAGUGCAGUUUGUGUGGGAAGGCGUUUGCACAUUCAUCUACUCUUGUAAAACACCAGAGAACACACACGGGAGAUAAACCGUUCAAGUGCAAUGUGUGUGGGAAGGCGUUUGCACAGUUAACGCAUCUUCAUGUACACCAGAGAACACACACAGGAGAGAAACCCUUCAAGUGCAGUGUGUGUGGGAAGGCGUUUGCACAUUCAUCUACUCUUGUAAUACACCAGAGAACUCACAUAGGAGAGAAACCCUUCAAGUGCAGUGUGUGUGGGAAGGCCACGGAUCGUGCUGACCAUUUGACACGGCACCUGAGAACUCACACAGGAGAGAAACCCUUCAAGUGCAGUGUGUGUGGGAAGGCGUUUGCACGUUCAUCUGUUCUUGUAACACACCAGAGCACUCACACAGGAGAGAAACCCUUCAAGUGCACUCAGUGCAAAAAGGCAUCAAUGCGACGGUGUGCAUACAGCACAGAUCGUACUGGAAAUUUGACCUUGCACCAAAGAACUCACACAGGAGAGAAGCCGUUCAAGUGCCGUGUGUGUGGGAAGGCGUUUACACUUUCAUCUACUCUUGUAAAACACCAGACAACACACACGGGAGAGAAACCCUUCAAGUGCAAUGUGUGUGGGAAGGCAUUUUCAGAUUCAUCAAAUCUUCAUGUACACCAGAGAACACACACGGGAGAGAAACCCUUCAAGUGCAGUGUGUGUGGGAAGGCGUUUACACUUUCAUCUACUCUUGUAGCACACCAGAGAACACACACGGGAGAUAAACCCUUCAAGUGCAGUGUGUGUGGGAAGGCGUUUGCACAGUCAUCUACUCUUGUAAGACACCAGAGAAGACACACGGGAGAGAAACCCUUCAAGUGCAGUGUGUGCGGGAAGGCGUUUUCAGAUUCAUCUGCUCUUGUAGCACACCAGAGAACACACACGGUGGAGAAACCCUUCAGGUGCACUCCGUGCGGGAAGGCGUUUUCAGUUUCAUCUACUCUUCAAAAACACCAGAGAACACACACGGGAGAGAAACCCUUCAAGUGCAGUGUGUGUGGGAAGGCGUUUACACGUUCAUCAAAUCUUCAUGUACACCAGAGAACACACACGGGAGAGAAACCCUUGAAGUGCAGUGUGUGUGGGAAGGCGUUUGCACAAAAUUUGACACGGCACCAGAGAACUCACACAGGAGAGAAACCCUUCAAGUGCAGUGUGUGUGGGAAGGCGUUUGCACAUUCAUCUCUUCUUGUAAGACACCAGAGAACUCACACGGGAGAGAAACCCUUCAAGUGCAGUGUGUGUGGGAAGGCAUUUGCACUUUCAUGUACUCUCGUAAAACACCAGAGAACACACUCGGAAGAUAAACCCUUCAAGUGCAGUGUGUGUGGGAAGGCGUUUGCACAUUCAUCUCUUCUUGUAACACACCAGAGAAUACACACGGGAGAGAAACCCUUCAAGUGCACUGUGUGUGGUAAGGCGUUUGCACAGUUAUCUACUCUUAUAACACAUCAGAGAACACACACAGGAGAGAAACCCUUCAAGUGCAGUGUGUGUGGGAAGCCCACGGAUCGUCCUGCACAUUUGACACGGCACCAGAGAACUCACACAGGAGAGAAACCCUUCAAGUGCAGUGUGUGUGGGAAGGCGUUUGCACGUUCAUCUGCUCUUGUAGCACACCAGAGAACACACACGGGAGAGAAACCCUUCAAGUGCAGUGUGUGUGGGAAGGCGUUUGCCCAGUCAUCUGCUCUUGUAACACACCAGAGAACACACACAGGAGAUAAACCCUUCAAGUGCAGUGUGUGUGGGAAGGCGUUUGCACAGUCAUCUCCUCUUGUAACACACCAGAGAACACACACAGGAGAGAAACCCUUCAAGUGCAGUGUGUGUAGCAAGGUGUUUUCAUAUUCAUUUACUUUUGUAACACACCAGAGAACACACACGGGAGAGAAACCCUUCAAGUGCAGUGUGUGUGGGAAGGCGUUUGCACAUUCAACAUAUCUUCAAAGACACCAGAGAACUCACACGGGAGAGAAACCCUUCAAAUGCAGUGUGUGUGGGAAGGCGUUUGCACGUUCAUCACAUCUUCAAGUACACCAGAGAAAACACACAGGAGAGAAACCCUUCAAGUGCAGUGUGUGUGGGAAGGCGUUUGCACAGUCAUCAAAUCUUCAAGUACACCAGAGAACACACAAAGGAGAUGAACCCUUCAAGUGCACUGUGUGUGAGAAGGCAUUUUCAGAUUCAUCUGUUUUUAAAAAACACCAGAGAACGCACACGGGAGUGAAACCUUUCAAGUGCACUGUCUGUGAGAAGGCAUUUGCAGAGUUAUCAAAUCUUAAAACACACCAUAGAACACACACAGGAGAGAAAUAUUUCAAGUGCACUGUGUGCGAGAAGGCAUUUGCACAAUUAUCAAAUCUUCAGAGGCACCACAGAACGCACACAGGAGAGAAACCCUUCAAGUGCAGUGUGUGUGGGAAGGCAUUUUCAAAUUCAUCUGGUCUUAAGAACCACCAGAGAACACACACGGAAGGGAAACAUUACAAGUGCAGUUUGUGCGAGACGACAUUUUCAAGUUCAUUUUGUUUUAAAAUGCACCAGAGAACACACAAAGGAGAGAAACCCUUCAGGUGCACUCUGUGCGGGAAGCCCUUUGCAUAUUCAUCACAGCUUAAAAAACACCAGAGAACGCACACAGGAGAGAAACCCUUCAAGUGCACUCUGUGCGGGAAGCCCUUUGUAGAUUCAUCACUUCUUAAAAAACACCAGAGAACGCACACAGGAGAGAAACCCUUCAAGUGCACUGUCUGUGAGAAGGCAUUUGCAUGGUCAUCAGAUCUUCAGAUCCACCAGAGAACACACACGGGAGAGAAACCCUUCAAGUGCACUUUCUGUGAGAAGGCAUUUGCAUGCUCAUCAGCUCUUCAGAUCCACCAGAGAACACACACAGGAGAGAAACCCUUCAGGUGCACUCCGUGUGGGAAGCCCUUUGUAGAUUCAUCACAUCUUAAAAAACACCAGAGAACACACACAGGAGAUAAACCCUUCAGGUGCACUGUCUGUGAGAAGGCAUUUGCAUGGUCAUCAGAUCUUCAGAUCCACCAGAGAACACACACAGGAGAGAAACCCUUCAGGUGCACUCUGUGUGGGAAGCCCUUUGCAGAUUCAUCACAUCUUAAACGGCACCAGAGAACACACAUGGGAGAGAAACCCUUCAAGUGCACUCUGUGUGGAAAGGCGUUCACACGGUCAUCAUAUCUUGAAAUACACCAGAGAACACACACAGGAGAGAAUCCCUUCAAGUGCAGUGUGUGUGGGAAGGCAUUUUCAGAUUCAUCAAAUCUUAAAAUACACCAGGGAACACACAGGCAUCAGAAAAUCCCCAAGGAGUGUAGUCUGAAAGCGGCUUGUGAAAGUCAAAGUGCUGCAAUAAGCCCAUCCCUCCUGAAAAUAGAACCAGAAGAGAAUCCCAGCUUGGACACUAUGAAAUGUUUCAAGGUGAAAUGUGAAGAGGUGACAGUGAAGAGCGAAGAAGUGAAGGUGAAAUGUGAAGAUGAAGAUUCAACUCCAAAAUGGGACCUUAACAUCGAUGGAGGCAACGUGAAGCAGGAGGAGAAUUCUGACUGUGAGGCAGAGCGAGGCAACUCCCAGCAGUUUGUGAAAGUGGAGGUGUGGGUGGACUUCUUAGACAAUACAAAGUCAAAAAUGCCUAUCGAUAAUUUAAUGAAUACUUAUUCUUGGUUCUUUCGGUAAAGUCACGUAGAAGGGAAACAAUAAAAUAAUAAAAAAUAUAUAAAACUAAAAAUUCUCACGACGUUUCGAC